CACCUAAGGUCCGAAACAAAAGGGGCAGAUUCACAAGCAUUUAAGAUUUUUAUUAUUUUCGGAGCAAAUAUAUAUAUAAACACAUAAACAAAACGUAUUAUUAGGAAGUGAGGUAACUCAAGACAUCAACUGGAUCCAUAAGGAGAAAAAAUGAAAUUAACCCCAUGUAUUGAAAUUCGUCAGUUACUUAGUUAUGAAAACUGAUAUGUGAUAUGUGUUGAAGUUUCACGAUCGAGACUAGCAAAUUACAGUAGACUAUGGAUGGGCACCUCCUUUUUUAAAAGUCCAUGAUGCAACGUUGGCACCUCGUUAUCUGUUACAAUGAUAGGACCUUAUACCUCGCCAAGAAGAUUAAUACAGAACGAACCUUACUCUUGUUGAUGAUGAAGCCAAAUUGAUUGACAAGAAGGCAAAUCACUUCUUGAGAGAGCUUGCUUCAAUCACGAGCAUUUAAAAGUCGAGAAACAUGGCCCAGUGCAAGCUCACUGCGAGAGAGUUUAUUAUCAACACCUUUGCGCCCCAGGUUGCGGCUACCUGCUCUCUGCACGCCGAAGCCACUUGUCAAAAGAACAAUCUCUCGUUUAUCGAGCUGCUCCAGCCUUUCUGCAAGCUCAAUACCGAAGGUCACAUUAAAGAUCCUCAAGGAACAGUAGUGUCAGUGCGCUCCUUACAAAUCUCGGUCAAGGAUGUCAAUUUUUCUCCUCCAGAGCCAAACAUAGCUAGAAAAUUGUUAAAUGAAUCUGCCAGUUCGACUUACAAUGAGCGCACAACAGUAGUCCGCACUGGCAGCAUAGAUCUCAAUGUGCCAAUGUCGGUACCUUGGUUCGAAGCUUGGAGGGAUACUUUUCUCAAUGUGCAGUUUCCAGCUGAUCAUGAAUUUACAAAACAUUUUUUGGCGUGCAUGAUUGUGGUCUCCACAUCGGAUGACAAUCCGCUUGAAAAAAUUCAACAAAUGGCUACUCAGUUGAGCCUCAGUGUUCCUGGAAAAUUACCAAAGUGGUUCAAUAAUAAUGCUCUUAGAUAUUAUAUUUUGAUUCAUGAUGCUCUUCAAGAUGAUAGAAAAAAAGCUGAAGAUGUUUUUACUGAUAUGAAAAAUAUUUAUGGACCAAACAAUUGUUUUUUCUUACCACUAAAUUCAAGACAAUUUACCAGCUCUGAUGACAAUACUCAUCUUCCAGAUCCAUGGAGUCAGUUCUUAGUUAAGCAUUCCGAUUUAUUAGUCAAUAGUGAUCAAGAUAGCUCUCCUCGCACGCCUGCCGAUACUUCAGGUGUGUCUUCCAUGCCAAAUGCAGUCAACAUUGAACAAGAAAAGUCAACUAGUCAAGCUGGGACACCAGUAGCUCCACGAAAUUUUGGACUGCCCACUCCAGAUAAAAGUGAAAAUAUAAGUAUAUCUUCAGGAAUUUCCGAUUCACAGUUACAACUGGAAGUUGGUCAGGAUGUCAUUGUCUCAAACGUAACGAUGACAGUUCAUCCAUUGAGUCCAGAAAACGAACUGCCUUUAAAAUUCAGUAGUGUUAAUAACUCAAAGUCUCUUUUAGAUAGUAAUUCACCCAUGAAUGUUAAUGUUUGGGCAGAUUCACCUGUCCAUGUUAGUCCUCAACAUGGUGCUAGACUUUCUACUGAAGAUCUUGAGAGACUCAAGACUAUGAUAUCUGAAUUUUGUUUGAAGAGUCUACUCCCUUACGUUGAGAGGCAAAUUGCUCUACUCAAUGAUCUCAUUUCAAAUAAAAAAGGUGUUAGUAGGUCUCUUUUUAGUGCUACAAAAAGGUGGUUUGGAACCACUAAACCUGGAAUUCCUGGAUCAGUUCCUGCUAAUGCUGUAAUAUACACAACAGAAUCACCCGAACUGCAAUUACGUCGUCUAGGCGAUCUCUGCUUCAUGUUUGGUCAUUAUUCGCUCGCAUAUCAAGCAUAUCACAAUGCUAAACGGGAUUUUGCGGCAGAUCAAGCAUGGGUUUAUUACGCAGGUGCACUAGAAAUGGCUGCAUUAAGUGCUUUCAUGAUGGAUGAAAUGAUUAGAAAAACAAUUGAGUACAUGGAUGAUUCUAUUACAACUUACCUAAAUACUUGUAAAAUGCCUCAGUUUGCUACAAGGGCGACACUCCUUAGUGCAGAGUGUCUGAAAAAUCGAGGGCUGUAUGGAGAAGCGGCCAAACAAUUAAUACGAAUGACGAGCGAGGAUUCUGAUUUACGAUCGGCAUUGUUACUUGAACAAGCAGCGUACUGCUUUAUCUCUCCAAAAAUGGUGAGAAAAUAUGCUUUUCACGCCGUUUUAGCUGGCCACAGAUUUUCUAAAGCUGGGCAGAAAAAACAUUCCUUACGCUGCUACAGGCAAGCUUAUCAAGUGUACAAUAAUAAGGGCUGGUCCUUAGCUGAAGAUCAUAUUCAUUUUACCAUUGGCAGACAGGCCGCUUCUUUGAAACAACUCACAGAUGCUAUAACUGUUUUUGAAAAACUGUUAAAUGCCUCCAGUAAACAGCCAGCUCUUCAACAGGCAGCUUUUUUACGAGAAUUUUUGUACAUACACGACUUGUUGGUGCAAGAAUCAAAGACAUCCCCAACUAACUUUCCACUUUUGCCUUUGCCAUUAGUUGAAGAUAAUCAAAUCAAAGUAUUAUUGGGACCUGUUUUAAGACCAGGCAAUAAUAUUGAAUUAGUAAGUCAAAUAUUAUCGUUCAGUCAAGAUGCGGAUGACGUGCGAUGGUCGAAAUUGGAAGAAAUUCUACUUUCCAAAGCUCAAGGAACCAUGCCAAUGAUUUUCAAACCAACGGUCACGAUUUACACCAACACCAGUAACAAUUCAGCCCAACCAAAUGCUGUUAUAAAGGAACCAAUCUACUUGUGUAUAACGUUAUCCAAUCCUCUGUUGAUCCCUUUGCCUCUUUCAAACUUGAAAUUACUUUGGUCUUUUGAUGACAAUGGCACUAUUGUUAAUAACGAAAAUUCUCCUGAAUCUGAAGAAAAUCUUGCCAACACUUUAAAAAUCGAUUCAGUCAUUCUUCAACCUGCGUCAAAACAAACGAUUGUUCUGUCAGUAAGACCCUUGAAAAUUGGGCAGAUGAAGAUUUUGGGGAUUUGUUAUAAUUUAUUGAAUCCAGUUCAAGCGCAAGUUGAUCAAGUAAACUCGAGUCCAUCAUCUUUUGUUUGCGGGAAACGUUUGUUCGAAAUCCAAGGACAGAAGUUGAAAAAUGUCAAAGAAAAGUCUGGCGUGUCAUUGUAUGGAGUAGAUCAACGACUUGACAUCAAUAUCGUCGAUGAAGCACCUUUCAUGCAGAUUACGUUUUCAAGCCUUUCACCCGAAAUGUUGUGCGGUGAGCUUCAAUGUAUGGAUGUAACGAUCAAAAAUGUCGGAAAUGCUCCAUUGAAAAAUAUUUAUGUAGGAUCUACCAACCCAAAAUUAUUUACACUUUCUAUUGAAGAGCAAGAGUUCAAAAAAGGAGAAACUAAAAGAAUGGAUGAGCUUGUUACCAAAAUUAAUUUGCCUGCCGAAAAAAAUGACGUUCUGCUUGUUGGCGAUUCCUUUAAAAUGACGCUUUGGGUUUGUGCGCCCCACGAAAAGGGAAACCACAGACUAGAUUUAUUAUUUUAUUAUGAAAAUUUGCAACAGACGUGCAUACCAAAGUACAGACUGAGCCGUCACAGUUGGCAUUUAACGGUUUUAGAUUCUAUCCAGUCGAGUGCUAUUGCUCGCAGAAGUGCCACAAACAAUGAUAAUUUUUCCUUGAUAAAUUUGAUCAUCGAUAUAAAAAAUUCCAAUCAAGUGCACGAUCCGUUUAUGAAUGAAAUUGAACUAACAAACAUGGUUUUCCAAAGUGAUACCUGGAUAUUGUCGAAAUCAACAGACGUUUGGACAGACGUGAAAGUACAGCCCCAGGAGAUGAUACACUUUUUACUGAAACUUUGCCGAAAAGCAAGCGAUGGCGUGAACUUGUCCGAGAUUCCUCUGUCAAAAACCAACGAUUCUAAAACCGCCAAUGAUAUACCUUAUGCAAAUUUCAUUAAGAAACGGCAUAUCAGACCAUUGGAUGACAACGAUGCCCAAAACGACAGUCAGCAGUCUCGAUCGAAAGUGAAAAACGAUCCUACCUUUUCGGCUUUGAAAUUGGACUCGACGAUAGUACUCAGGUGGCGAGCCAAAGUUACCGAGGGUGGAACGGUCGUGCGCAACGCAAUCGGCCAGAAUUACAUAGAUCUGCAAUACUUGAAUAAAGCUUACAACCAUCCGACCGAGAAGCAGAUAGAACCGAUCGAAUAUUCCGGGCGUCUAAAGAUUUUCGGACCGGACGUCGUUAUUCCGGAUUUGCAGACACUUUCGAGGAAAAAUUGCUACUCGGAGUUAGAGUAUCAAAAGAAUUUGAUAUGGUACCAGUUGAAACACUCGAAAGAAGUGUCUCACGAUUUCUCGCGCAGUCGGAUAUGUGUUCUGCGAGUCACAAUGCGCAUGCAGAAUAACUCUCAAUCCCUCGUCCAUGUAAAAGUUGAUACAAUCGGAACGAGCAGUCAAAAUAUUUUACCAAACAUCAAAACCCAACUCUACUCUCCACAAGCUUCAACAUCAUUCCGUUAUGCUGGUCAAACUACAUUUAAGUGUCAAUUAGAAGCGUAUGGGCAACGGGAGAUUGAGCUUCAAGCUAUUCUUCCUACUUCAGGAACUUACAAUUUAUCAUCCAGAUUGGAAAUCUCUGCUAGAGCUGAAAGCAAACUCGAAUACGUUUUGCAGAAAUGGAGGACGGAAAGCGUAUGCAUUAUUAGUAAUGUGAAACAGUUGAUAGUUUGAAUGAGAAAUUUUUUUUAAUAUUUUAAUAUAUAUCUAUAUUUUGACUCAAACACAUUUGUAGAAUAUGUAAAUAUUACUAUAUAGCAUAUUUUUUGUUAGAAAAACGAAAUAUUUAUUGCUAUUAUAUGUAAUGUUAAAAAAUCAAGAAACUUGUAUAAAGUAUGUAGUGUGUGGUGCCUUAAAAACCAUACGGAAUUUUAAUAUAAUAGUUUUAAUUUUUAAUUGACAGUGGGUUACAAUGAGCCGGGUGCUUUUAUUGUUUAGUCAUUAUAAAUGUAAGCAACAGUAUCCUAUCAAAAAGUUAUCUGUGGAUGAGAGAACGUUUAAAAGAAAAAUAAUCUUGAGCUGCACAAGUAGUUUACCAACUAUUAAAUGAUUAUUGUGCGGUCAAAAAAAAGGGUUUCUUGAGUGUAAAUAUUUAAUAAAAACUUAUUGUGUAUAA